CGCAAGGCUUCCUGAGGACCCCACUUGGCCUAAACCAGGCUCAGGGAGACAGACACCAGUCCAGGUCAGGUCCAUCCAGCCACAACUUCUGUUAAAGCCCAGACCUCAGGCUGAGGCAAGGUGGGCUGCACCCUCGUCCUCGGGCCACUGGUCAGGGCGGUCUCCUCAGCUGUUACGGUGAGAAGAAGCCAGGCUUGCAGACCCAGGGCGCCGGGAGCAGCUCCUGGGGCUUCCGGAGUCCCGCCCUAAGGGCCCAGCGCGACCCGAGCGACCUUCCCGUUCCCGCCCCCGGAUUCGGCCCGUUUGGCUGCAGGCCUCACCCGGGUGUGGCCGCCGCUGCUCCGCAGAGCCUCGCGACUAGAAAAAAAAAAUAAACAACUGGGAACAAUGAAGUUCCUUUUCUUCAUGUUUGGCGUCAUUCACCUUUUAUCCCCAAGUUCUGGAAUAGCUAUAUACAAGAAUGGCAUUUCUCAGAGAACAUUUCAAGAAAUACAAAAAGAAGUAGCCAGCUAUGAAGAUGUUGCUAAAGCAAUUAUCAACCUUGCUGUUUACGGUAAAUACCAGAACCGGUCCUAUGAGCGUUUGGCACUUCUAGUUGAUACUGUCGGACCCAGACUGAGUGGCUCUAAGAACCUAGAGAAAGCCAUCCAAAUCAUGUACCAAAACCUACAGCAAGACGGUCUGGAGAAUGUCCACCUGGAGCCAGUCAAAAUACCCUACUGGGAGAGGGGAGAAGAAUCUGCAAUGAUGCUCCUGCCUAGAAUUCACAAGAUGGCGAUUUUGGGUCUUGGCAGCAGCGUUGGAACUCCCUCAGGAGGCAUUACAGCAGAAGUACUGGUAGUGACCUCUUUUGAUGAACUCCAGAGAAGAGCGUCAGAGGCAAAAGGGAAGAUAGUUGUUUACAACCAGCCUUACACCAGCUACAGGAUCACAGUGCAGUACCGUACACAGGGAGCAGUGGAAGCUGCCAAGGUGGGGGCUGUGGCAUCCCUCAUCAGAUCGGUAGCAUCCUUUUCCAUCUACAGUCCUCACACAGGUGUUCAGGAAUAUCAAGAUGGUGUGCCCAAGAUCCCGACAGCCUGUAUCACAGUGGAAGAUGCAGAAAUGAUGUCACGAAUGGCUUCUCGUGGGAACAAAAUUGUUGUUCAUCUGGAGAUGGGAGCAAAGACCUACCCAGAUGCUGAUUCCUUCAACACUGUAGCAGAGAUCACUGGGAGCAAGUAUCCAGAGCAAGUUGUACUGGUCAGUGGACAUCUGGACAGCUGGGAUGUUGGGCAGGGUGCCAUGGACGAUGGUGGUGGAGCCUUCAUAUCAUGGGAAGCACUCUCACUUGUUAAAGAUCUUGGGCUGCGUCCAAAGAGAACACUGCGCUUGGUGCUCUGGACAGCUGAAGAACAAGGUGGAAUUGGUGCCUCCCAGUAUUAUGAGCGACAUAAGGUCAAUGUUUCCAACUACAGUCUGGUGAUGGAGUCUGACUCAGGAACCUUCUUACCCAUGGGGCUGGAGUUCACCGGCAGUGACAAGGCCAGGGCUAUCAUGAAGGAGGUCAUGAGCCUGCUGCAGCCCCUCAACAUCACCGACGUCUUUAGUGAUGGAGAAGGAACAGAUAUUAACUUCUGGAUCCAAGCUGGAGUGCCUGGAGCCAGUCUGCGAGAUGACUUAUACAAAUAUUUCUCCUUCCAUCAUUCCCACGGAGACACCAUGACUGUCAUGGAUCCAAAGCAGAUGAACGUUGCUGCUGCUGUCUGGGCUGUUGUAGCUUACGUUGUUGCAGACAUGGAGGAGAUGCUGCCCAGGUCCUGAGGAGAACAAGAAGAAAGGCCCUUGUCCUCGUUAGUUGGGGAUCCUGGCUUUGUGUCUUCAAGAUACCUAUCUUCACAAAACAGUGUUAUGCACUUAAUCCACAGGGCACAGCUCUCUCCAUCCCUUCUGUUAAUCGCCUUUUCUUGAUUCUUUCUUACCUGUUUCUAGAAUAAGGCAUGAUCCUCACUACUCAUAGAUUCAACACACUGUGGGGAAUCACAAUUAAGUCAUUUAUUUAGACCACUUUGAAAAUAAACAAAUCU